AUGCAGCCUGGACAAGGACAAAGGCGGCCACAAGCUGUUGCUACUGUUCCAUGCAAGUACAAGACUGGAAGGACGUUGGGGCAGGGUACCUACAGUGUGGUGAAGGAAGUCGUACACAUUGAGACUGGACAAUAUUAUGCUGCGAAGGUCAUCAACAAGAACCUCAUGCGUGGCCGUGAGCACAUGGUCCGCAACGAAAUUACAGUUCUCAAGAAGAUCUCACAAGGCAAUACCCACCUUCUAACAUUGGUGGACUACUUUGAAACGAUGAAUAACUUGUACCUUAUCACCGAUCUUUGUCUGGGAGGAGAGCUGUUCGACCGUAUUUGCCGGAAGGGAUCAUACUUUGAAUCAGAUGCUGCAUAUAUUGUACGCACCACGCUUUCUGCAGUCGGUCAUCUGCACGACAACGGUGUCGUUCAUCGAGAUCUCAAGCCGGAGAACCUCCUUUUCCGCACGCCAGAAGAAGAUUCUGAGCUCUUGAUCGCCGAUUUCGGACUCUCGAGGAUCAUUGAGGAUGAGAAGUUGCAGGUUUUGACGACGACUUGCGGAACGCCAGGAUACAUGGCACCUGAGAUCUUCAAGAAAUCUGGACAUGGAAAGCCUGUUGAUAUCUGGGCUAUCGGUGUCAUUACCUACUUCCUGCUCUGUGGGUAUACACCGUUCGACCGUGAUUCCAGUGCAGAGGAGAUGCAAGCUAUUAUUAAUGGAGACUACAAUUUCGAGCCCGAGGAGUUCUGGGCUGAAGUCUCUGACGAUGCCAAGGAUUUCAUCAAGAAGUGUUUGACCCUCGAUCCAUCCAAGAGACCCACAGCUCGCGAAGGUAUGGAACACCCCUUCGUGAAGGAGAAGAAGCACGAAGAACCCGAUCAACCCGACCUCCUGCCCACUGUCCGUUCCAACUUCAACGCAAAGCGUACCUUCGUCGCCGCAAUCGAUGCCAUCAAAGCCAUUCACAGGUUAGAGAACGGAGCUGGCAUGGAUGGAGCGUUUACGAAUUCGCCGGAGGUGCAUAAGAUUAUGCCGCCGAAGGAUCAGCCGAAGCAGGCGCCCGGGUUGUGGCAGUCGAGUAGGGAUAAGGCUGAUGUGCCGCCGCUUUCUUGUACUGUUGCUGGGAAGUCGGCGAAGCCCACCGCGGCCGAGGAAGUUUCGAGUUCGUGA